AUGAUUAAAGAAAUCAAAAUUACAUUUUUAGGCAAUUCUGGGGUUGGAAAGAGUAGCAUAGUAAAGCGUUAUUGCUUUGAUUAAUUUGAUUAAAAUAAUCAAUCAAAUUUAGGGGCAGAUUGUGCUCAAAAGGAAAUGGAAUUUUAAAACAAUAAAAUAAAGUUAUAAAUAUGGGAUACAGCUGGAUAAGAGAAAUUCAGAUCUUUGGUUCCUCUGUUUUUAAGAAGUAUUAAUUUAGAAAAUUUAGAUGCUCAUGUGGCAAUCAUUGUUUAUGAUAUAACAUAAAAAUCAUCAUUUACUUAAUUAAAAGAGUGGGUUUCUAGUCUCGAAUAAAUAUGUCCAAAAAAUAAUUGUAAUUUCUCAUCUUAUUCUAGUUUUUGUCCUUGUUGGAAAUAAAUGUGAUUUGAUAGAUUAAGAAGAAGUUACAUAUGAUGAAGCUAAGCAAUAUUCAUAUGUACAAUAAUAAUAUAUUUAGAAUCUUAAAGCACCCCUCCAUUAUACAAGUUGCAAAACGAAUCAAGGGAUUCAAGAACUAUUUCAAAAAAUUGUAGAGGAGUAUUUCAAAUAACAAGAGGAAUUAUAAAACACAGUAUAUUUAAUAAUUAUAUUUGUAGGAAACACAAAGAAAUGAGAAAUAAAAUAGCAAAUUGAAAGUUCAAAAAAAAUACUAUUCUACCUGUUGUUGA